CCCGACUGCCUCUCUUCAACUUACCCUCUUCCGCUCACCACCUUCAAAAUGGGUCAAAAGCCAACGAAGAUCACGAAGCAGUGGGCAGAUGGCCCCUUCCAACUUAUGGAGACUCCCAGGAAAAGGCUUGGGAUCAAAGACCUCAAGAAGGAGCCUGGAGCCUUGGCUGCUGCAACCGAGAUGUGCCUGGUCCACAACAUGCUCAUCCGCAUGUUAAACUGCAUCUAUCUUCAAGCCCCCAACGUCAAGCUUGAGAAGGAUAUUUCCGAUUUUGCCACCUUCAUGCAUGCAUUCUUGGUCACGAUCCAUGAGCACCAUGGAAACGAGGAGAAAUUCUACUUCCCAUGGCUAGAAGAGCUGAAUGCUGAGGUCAAAUGCUCCUUGGACAAGAACGUGGAGCAGCAUCAUGGAUUUGCCCCAGGUCUCCAGGCCUUCGAAGACUACGUGAAAGCUCUAAGAGAGGAAAAGGCAAAAUAUGAUGGAGCAAAAGUGCGCUCGCUUAUUGAUGCGUUCGGGACUGCUUUGAUAGAGCACUUGAAGGAAGAGAUUACGUCUUUCGAAGAGCUGGAGAAAUUAAAGAUUGAUUGGCCAGCCUGGAAUAAGAAGGUUCAAAAGCUCGCAGUCGAUGGCGCUGAGACGGAGUUCGAAAUCCCAAUCGCCGUGACUUGUCUCGACUACACUUUUGAAGAUCCCUAUCACGCGAAAACAUGGCCACCAUUUCCAUGGUUUGCUGCUUUGAUGUUCCGAUGGUUGUAUCUCCCAAAGCACAAGGGAGCAUGGAGGUUUUCUUGCUGUGAUUGGUAUUCGAAGCCGAAGGAGCUGGAAUUUGUAUGAUCGUUUGAAGCAGAGGAAGGUACGCGGAUGUAUAAUUGCUGUUCAAUACCCAAAUGUUAGUUCAAUUUUCUGAAAGAGGUUCAUCCGGAAAAUCAGCCAAGCCAGGGAGACCCCCUAUUGCCAAGUCCAAUCACGUGACACUGUUCACUUGAAUGCAAGCCAAGGAGGACCUCCAAAUGCCAAGGGUGGUAUCAAAGACAUCAGGCCUACAUCGCCCAGCCUGGCCCCGUCCUGUCUCCGUCAUAGAGAAGUCCAUCGGACAAACUCUUCGUGACGUGCUGUUCAUAAGCGCCCAGCCCGGCCCGGA